UUCCAAGCGAUACGCAAAGAGAAAGAGGGAGAAUAAAAAACAACAACAACAACCCCUGGACAUUUUAUUUUGAAUGAUGUUGCCGAGGCUGCACCAGAGAAGAAACUGAGGACAUUUUUUUUCUCCUGUUGUACACUGUAUUCUUUAUUUGAGCUGCGCACCUUCCACGAAGACCCACACGUGUCUUUGGGGUAAACAGAAAGGGCUCGAUCGUGUCAGCACAUUGCAUUGUUUCCCUCCACCUCCCAUUUGUUUGGCUGUGCAGACACACGACGAGGAGUUCCAGCUUUGGAGACGCGCUGUGCACAUUUCAGUCCGUGCGCCUUGGUGAGAAAAGACGCAUUUUGGAGAUGUCGGAAGUGCUGCCUUUCAACGAGGAGAAAAUGAGUCAUUAUGGAAAUGAGGGCGACGAGGGACACCUUUCCUUCACCUGUCGUCUCCAAGACACCAACAACUUCUUCAAUGGCUCGCAGAACAAGCGUCCGCCGAAGCUUGGACAAAUAGGAAGGAGCAAACGGGUUGUGAUCGAGGAUGAGAAUGGCGACAACGAAGCCCUGAAAAAUGGAACAGAGAAGACCCCGCCAGAGGCUUAGAGAGCGCUCGUCUCACCAUCCCCCAAAAGACACUCUUGAAAAAGAUUUUUUUAAUGGCGAUAUUUACUAGUUUUAAUCC